AUGCCUGUAUCUUCCAUGAUGGCCGCGCGACUGGCUCGCGCUGGUCAAAGUAGAGUCAUUAACAGCUCUCUUCGCAUUAAACCAUCUCUAUCUCCUCGUCCGUCGCAAUCGCGAAGCUUCGUCAAGCUCACAGGCGCUUCUCCUUCGAUCACCAAAGGUUCCGCAGUAACCAGCCGAACAGCCCGCCAGCUCCCCUCCCAAUUCUUCGUGCGCAACCUGUCCGGAAAACCACUGCCCCAAGGAAAGUCACGACUUGUUAACUUCUGCUAUCGUGCAGCUGCUUGGGUUGGAAUUUCGAUAUCCGCCAUUGGCGUUGGUGUCGUUGGUUUUUUCAUCUAUGAUGCGUCUACAUAUUUCGAGCAUCCCAACCAGAGCGAUAUCGAUGUUUCAAAGAUUGCCCUACAACCUCGCAGUGGAGGUAGCAAGAACCUACCAAUUGCCGAAGUAUACAUCGACGACGACGACACAGAAGAGCACCGCCGUCUAAAGGACAAGCCAAGACUGGUUAUUCUUGGCGGUGGAUGGGGUGGUGUUGCGAUGCUCAAAGAAUUGAACCCAGACGACUACCAUGUCACAGUUAUUUCGCCAACCAACUACUUCCUUUUCACCCCCAUGCUUCCCUCUGCAACAGUUGGCACUCUCGAGUUGCGAUCGCUGGUUGAGCCUAUUCGAAGAAUUCUCGCCCGUGUCAAUGGCCACUUCAUUCGUGCCAGAGCUGAAGAUGUAGACUUUUCGCACAAGAUGGUGGAGGUGUCCCAGACCGACGCAAACGGAAAAGAUAUCAGAUUCUAUGUGCCUUACGAUAAGCUUGUUAUUGCUGUUGGUUCUACCACCAACCCCCACGGUGUCAAGGGUCUAGAGAAUGCUUUCUUCCUCAAGGAUAUCAACGAUGCGCGCAAGAUCCGAAACCAGGUUAUUCAGAACUUCGAGUUGGCUAAUCUGCCUACCUGCCCUAAUGAGGAGCGCAAGCGCUUGCUCUCAUUCUGUGUCAGUGGCGGUGGUCCUACUGGCGUUGAGUUUGCCGCAGAGCUCUUCGAUCUCCUGAACGAGGACCUUACACGACAUUUCCCCCGCCUUCUACGAAACGAGAUAUCCGUUCAUCUUAUUCAGAGCCGCAGCCAUAUCCUCAACACUUACGACGAAACUGUUUCACGAUAUGCCGAGGACCGAUUUGCUCGGGAUCAGGUUGAUGUCCAGACCAACUCUCGUGUGAAGGAGGUUCUUCCCGAUAAGAUCAUCUUCACACAGAAGCAAGAAGGUGGUAAGACCGUUACUAAGGAGCUCCCUAUUGGGUUCUGUCUCUGGUCUACUGGUGUUUCGCAGACUCAGUUCUGUCAAACCCUGGCUGCCAAGCUGGGCAAGAGUCAGACAAACCGACAUGCUCUCGAGACCGAUACUCACCUCCGUCUCAACGGUUCGCCUAUGGGUGAUGUCUACGCCAUUGGUGAUUGCUCCACCGUUCAGAACAACGUCGCCGACCACGUCGUCACUUUCCUUCGCUCCCUAGCCUGGAAGCGAGGCAAGGACCCCGAAACCCUGCAGCUUAGCUUCGCCGACUGGCGCAGUGUUGCUGAUGAUGUCAAAAAGCGAUUCCCACAGGCUGUCGGUCACCUUAAGCGAGUUGAUAGGUUGUUUAAGGAGUUCGAUAAGGACAAGUCCGGCACCCUUGAUUUCGACGAGUUGACACAGCUCCUCCGUAACGUCGACAACAAGCUCACAUCCUUGCCCGCAACCGCUCAGCGCGCUCACCAGCAAGGGCAGUAUCUCGCUCGCAAGUUCAACCGCAUGUCACGCCUGCAUGAGGGUCUGGACGCCAACGACAUCCGCGAUGGUGACGUUGAUGCGGCCGUCUACAAGGCCUUCGAGUACAAGCAUCUCGGCAGUCUUGCUUAUGUUGGUAACUCUGCUAUUUUUGACUUGGGCGAAGGUCGAAGCAUAGCCGGUGGCCUCUGGGCCGUCUAUGCUUGGCGAUCUGUCUAUUUUGCGCAGAGCGUGAGUCUGCGAACACGCCUCUUGAUGGCUAUGGAUUGGACCAAGCGAGGUCUUUUUGGACGUGGUUCGUAUCUUCCCCUCCCCUCUCCGUGA